AUGCAAUAUUUAAGAAGGAACUUCUCCCACACAGACUUCGUCUUGAAUGGAUUUUCUGAACUAGCAGAAUGGAGGCCAUUUCUUUUUCUUCCUUUUUUCAUCAUGUUUUUGAUAUCACUUGCAGCAAAUUCUUUCCUUUUGUUCAUCAUCAUAUCACAGAAAUCUCUACACAAGCCAAUGUUCAUAUUAAUAGGUCUCAUGUCAGGUUUGAUGGUGAUCCUGCCUGUAUUGUUUGUCCCUAACAUGCUGCUAAGCUUCUUAUUCAAUUUGAGAGGAAUCUCUCUAGUAGGUUGUUUUGUGCAAAUGUUCUGCAUUCAUUUCAUUAGUUCCUUUCAGUCAACCAUUUUGAUGUGGAUGGCACUGGAUCGAUACUUUGCUAUUUGUACACCACUGCACUACCAUAAAUAUAUGUCUGUUCUCAGUUUUCUGAAAUUUGUUGUGGCACCUGUGCUAAGAAAUAUCAUCAUGAUUACUGUGCCCAUCAGCCUGGCUGGAAAAUUGUCUUAUUGCCGUAGUAACGUACUGGAGCAUUGCUUUUGUGAGUGUAUGGCUGUGGUUCAGUUAUCCUGUGGUGACACCUCAGUCAACAAUGUGGUUGGACUGCUGGCGCUUUUUUCCAUUCCCACUACAGACUUUCUUUUCAUAAUUACAUCUUAUGUGAUAAUAUUUGUGACUGUCUACAAGUCUGGUACUUUGAAUGUCAAGGUCCUGAACACUUGUCUUACACAUAUCAUUGUAAUGAGUGUGUCGUUAACUUUUGCAUUGCUGGCUUUCUUGUCAUAUCGAAUUAGGAAUAAUAUUUCUCUGAGCGGUCGAGCAUUUUUUAGUACGAUGUAUUUGCUUUUCCCAAGUUGCUUCAACCCUAUCAUUUAUGGUAUUCGAACCAAAGAGAUAAAAAGAAGCAUAAUUAGAUUGGCUGUCAAGAAAUAA